AUGAGGGCGUGCCUCGCGCCGGCUUAUGGCACUAACGAGACUGUUAUCACGGUGGACGAGUACGUGGCGAGGGAGGGUCGUGACGUGGCAAUCGAUCACAUCGCGUGUGUUUCCAACCACUCGUGUUUCGACAAUUGGUCCAUGGUCAAGGAGCACUAUCCGCACAUCACUUUGCCAGAUAAGCUCGAGUACCCCACCAUACCAUCCAAGGACGUCAACGACUUUUUGCAUGCCUACGCUCCCUAUAACGACGCGCCUGUGAUCAGCCUUGGGAAUGCCUUUGGCAUGUCUCUGAUCCACCUCCAUUUCUUCUUCUGGUCGGCGGUUCCACCCUUUAAAAGCACCUGCGCGGAUAUCUGGCUGUCUCCCCCCGUUAUAGACAACUUUGUUAACGGUUUCAUCGACACGUUUCUGGGAUCGGAUUAUGCAGCGGUGCACCUUAGGCGCAGCGAUUUCGCCCUGCAUUACUUGAAGGGGAACAGUGUGGAGAAGACGCAUGCUGCCUACCUUCCCAUAGUCACGGUUGCACAAUUCAUUGUUGGGAGGUUGAAAGAUACGGGCGCAUCUGUGGUCUACCUUGCAACCGAUGCAAGCCCGUCUGAGAUUGAACUGCUGGAGAGGCUGCUUCUUGGUUCGGGCAGCACUACCCCCCUUGUGGUUGUGCGUCUGUUGGAAUUUGCCAAGGGGUCGCAGGAGUAUUCCCAGUUCCCAUGGAUUAAGGAGCACUUUCCGCACAUCACGCUACCCAACAAUCUGGAAUACCCCAGCAUACCCACCAAGCACGUCACCGACUUUCUGCGCGCCUACGCCCCUUAUAACGACGCGCCUGUCAUCAGCCUCGGGGAUGCGUUUCACUUUGUCCUGCGCGGGCCGCCUUUCUACUUCGAGGGCGCCGUUCCGCCCUUUACAAGCACCUGCGCGGACAUCUGGCAGCCCCCCCUCGUUAUAGACAACUUCGUUAACGGUUUCGUUGGCACGUUUCUGGGGUCGGAGUACGCAGCGGUGCACCUAAGGCGGGGCGAUUUCGCCGGGAGGUUCCAAAACAAGAGCAGCGAGACGGAUCGCGCAACCUUCCUUCCUGUAGUCACAGUCGCACGGUUUAUCAGCGAGAGGUUGAGAGAUACGGGCGUGUCUGUGGUGUACCUUGCGACUGAUGCAAGCCCGUCCGAGAUUCAACUGCUGGAGAAACUGUUCCUCGGUGCGGGCAGCACGAACCCCCUUGUGGUGGUGCGCCUGCCGGAGUUUGCCAAGGAAUCGGAGGAGUAUUCCCAGUUUCGCUGGGUGAAGAAAUUCCAAGACUUGGAUUCAGAGGGGAAUGGCAGCCUUAGGGCGCUUGCAGAGAAGCACAUCUGUGCCAACGCCCGCUUCUUCAUAGGCACGCAGAUGUCAACUUUCUCUCUGGAUAUUCGUCGGCUGAGGUUGCUUCAUGAGCGGAUGAGUGAGGUAGAUGCAUAUUUCAGUGACAGCAACGCAUGA